AUGCCAAUCGGUUUUGAUCAACAGAUUUACCCACUCAAUGCUACCUUAACCGGACGCCCGAUAUUACACGUUCGAGGUAUCAAUUUGGGACACACGGUUUCGGAUCUGGUCGGUCACGUGGAAUUGGAGGGACCGCAACCUGUAGCUUGCCACGUCCAGACCAAUGCGUACUUCAGUUCACGUGUGUUCACUUGUCAACUGGACUCGGCCGCCCAUUUCACUCUACCCGCCCAGGGCAGUUUGAAAGUUGUGGUCAGCCGGUACAAGUAUCAGGCAUUCUCGCCCGUAUUUCAUUUCCUCUCUCCGCGAUUGUACGAGGUGCAUCCGGAACGCGGUCCCAUAGCUGGUGGGACGCGGCUCAAAUUGCACGGGGACAAUUUGAAUAUUGGUGCGCAUCGAACGGUCUGGCUGAUCCCGACCGGAGAUGAGACGAGUGAGCAGAGGAUUAAUUUGGAUGCGUUAGCCAGUCGUUCCAUAUCUGUGGCCUGUGUCAUUGAAAGCGAAACACCCGAACUGAUUGUGUGCCGUACGGGUGCCUUGCCAUCAAACCUUACCGCGGCAAUCGCAUCAUCUCGAGCCGCUAAGUCUGCCGUGAAACGUGUACGCAAACUGGCUGUCCCAUCGAACGCUGACUCAAUAGCUGACCUAUCCACAAUGCGUUUGGACGAGUCCAUCAACUCGAAUCCGACUGCCCCGCUUGUUCCCAUGUCUCUGGUCCUGAUGCAUGAUCAGACCGCGACUUUCCCGAUCCGGCAAUUCACAUUCAUUUAUUCACCGAAUCCGCAAAUUCGAACGGUGCGAAGACAGAACGUUCUGGCCAGCGGUGGAACCACGAUCCGAGUGGAGGGCGAUUUUCUGUUCGUGGUUGAGAGGCCCCGCCUGCUGAUCUACCACAACGGAUCGGAGUAUAUUUCGGCGUGCACAUACAAAUCCCCAUUGUUGGAAUGUCUGAGUCCGCGAUUGAUGCGACCGCUCACCACGGAACAGACGACUGAAACCCAACUGACCGAGACGAACGGGACGCGUUCGGACCCGGAAACUCCAACCCCCUACUACACUACCCUUGGGUAUCUGGCAUCUGACCACGUGUCCGAUCGCAACUAUACAAAAGACCAGACAGAAAUUCAACCCAUGUCUACCGGAGAACUGUUGUCUUCCGUCGCGAGCUCGCUCAAACCGGCUCUGUUGUUGGCUAGGACCACCAGCCAGAUAACAUCACAAUGGCCUAUGGAACUUGUCUACGGAUUCAUCAUGGAUGAUGUGCGUGAGUUACGCGCGCAUGGACUUAUUCGAGUUCACCCUGAUCCGUUUGUCACUCCGUUCCCGGACGGAAUUCGUGUGGAAGAACUGGAUGACGUUGUUGUCAAUGCGGACAAUACCAACCUUGUUCGCCACGAGCGUCAAAUAACAUCCCAGACUCGAUCACUGUCGGACACAAAGGAAGGUUCCGACGAGGUGAUCCACACGGAAGGUGGCACACCACACUCAUCGCCUCCUGCACGAGUGCAUCAACUGUUACGUCUGUUCGGUCAAUUCCAACCGCUCGUUCAGGCCCCUGAGCUUCAAGCGCCGGAUGAGUUGAUUGUGCGCAUUGGCACUUCACAACGCUGUCUUGUCAGCUCUGUGGUUGAAACCGAAAUCCGUUGCGAUCUUGAUCAAAGCCAGCUGAGCACAACUGAGGACUAUCCGGUUGAGGUUCAGUUUGGUCGAUAUCUGAUCUAUCGUCCAGGUCGUGUACGAUUUGUCAGUUUGGGUCAGACCGCGCUACGCAAUCAACUGAUCAUCAUUCUCACGGCGGUUGUGGUUUUCCUGAUUCUCGUCGCCUUGAUCGCGUUUGCAAUUUGGCGCCGAUUCAAUCGACACAAACGUGACUACCAGGCCAGGUUGGGUCAGAAGUACGCGGAACAUGAGAAUCGUGUGGUACGCGUGUUCCGAGAAGAUUUCAUGGAAUUGCAAACCAACAUGCAACAAUUCUCACAGGAAGUGAAAAAACACAACCUACCCUAUCGAGACUAUCGGACAUUUUGUCUGUUCUCACUAUUUCCGGAGUAUCAUUGUGAACUCAUGGUCCCGGUCAAUCCACACGCUUGUGGUUUUGCCCCUCGCAGCGUCACCACACAGUCCACACCCGAUUUGCGUACGGCGCACACAGGAGCCGGUGAUUUCGGACAACCGGUUCCAUCACAUCCCCUCCUAUCCCCAUUCAUGGUCCCCGUCGAAUCGCACGAUGUUGCCUCACGCGGUAUCUCACUGUUCAACGAGUUGCUGUGCAAUCGUCAAUUCUUGUGCUUGUGUAUUCGUGUUUUGGAAGAGGAUGAGCAUACCACCGCACGUGACAAAUCACGAAUCGCCUCUCUGCUGUGCGCAGCGUUGCAGCCAAAAAUGGUCUAUCUGACUCGAAUCAUGUGUGACCUGAUGGCCGAUAUGCUCAAACGGUUACACAACAAAGGUGACAAUCGAUUGCCGACCGCUUUCCGUCGAGCUGAAUCUGUUGUCGAUAAAGUGGUGUCCAAUUGGCUCUCAUUUCUACUGUACAAUUUUAUUCGGAAUAAUGUGGGUGAGAAUCUAUUCUACUUCUAUCGAGCUCUGCUCCAGCAACUCAAUUCCGGACCACGAGAUGCGGUGACCGGAAAGGCUCGCUAUACUCUGGACAGUUCCACGUUGCUUCAAGCUGAAUUGACCGGCAAACCAAUUAACCUACUAGUCACUGAUCCACAGUCACUGUUCCAAUUGUCCUCGGAACACGUGACCGUUCGGGUGUUGGACUGUGAUACAAUAUCACAGGCGAAGGAGAAAAUCCUGGACGUGAUCUACAAAAACCGGCCGUACUCGGUACAACUCAAACCGAUCCAGUUGGAUUUGCGAAAAUUACCCAAACCAGCCAUUUCUACAAGCGUACCCGAUCCGUCCGCAAGUCAGGGAGAGAUAAUGUGUGACUGGGAAAUUGGUAUUCGAUCAGACGCGAACAAUCAUGCGAAUACGAAGCCGCCUUAUCGAUUGAAUUGUAUCCACGACUACGGUCUAAUUGAUAACGACCUUGUUGCGCUGGUGAUUUGUGAGCACGAUCGUGCAAAACCGGUACCUAGCACCCCAGUCUCAACACGUGGUGUGAGCACGUUUCGCAGUCGGAAAUCACAACCGCAAACAACCGUGGGCAGUGUGAGCACUCACAUGACCAGUCCGCUAUUGGCCGAAUCUACUGUUCUCGGUAGUGAGACAUUAUCGGCCAACGGUCGCNGUCGCCUCGGUCAGUCCGAAAUUAGUCCGGCCACGUCAAAUCUGGACGAAUAUGCCAACCCACGAUCACUGUGUUCCGAGGACGAACCAAAUUUAAACACACGCCCACAUAGACUACCCUCAGCGCAUGCCCUCAAACCGACCGGUUUCCCCGAUCCUGCGUUGUGGUACCACCUGGAAUGGACCGGUAGUUCGAAUGGGAUCACAAGCAAUGGUACUUUGCACAACUCACCACAGCUUAAUUCCAUGCGCAGGGGACGCACACGCAAAUCCCCGGGUCCAGUGUGCCCACAUGGUUGUUGCGGCCAUACGGCCAAGUGCAAAUGCCCACGGGACCCAGAUCAGGUAGUAGUAUCCCACACUACCAGUAACGAUUCUCCGCGCGUAUCCACGUGGACGUGUCGAUCCCGCUCAGCCCGUCGAUCACCCUCGGUGGCCCGGGUAGAUGUAACCACGGGGGCUGGGGAUGCGUUUGUCCGACGUCCAUUGCUCGAGCGCGAUAUGGACGGUCCGGAUUCGCGAAUGGACAUCACUUCGGGACGCGCGAGUUUGUUCAGUCGCACCAGUGUCAAACGUCGGAAGCGUAAUCGAAGCAAAUCGAAUCAGGGACGUUUGAGACGGACUCAAACCUCGGUCAGCUUUGAUCGACUGAUGGAGAGUUUACCAAAGGAAGUGUUUUUCAAUCGUCUAGUCAUGACACGCGUAAGUGCAUGCGCAACUGGUACAUUUAUCUUAAACGAAUUCAUGCUCAACGAGUGA